AUGGAGUACCGCAAUCAGACUUCUGCUCAAGAGUUUAUCUUCUCAGCUUUCCCUAAUUCUUGGGGAAAAUCUGUCGGCUGCUUCAUUCCACUGCUCUUCAUCUAUUCUUUCAUUGUUGUUGGAAACCUGGUUAUCAUCACCGUGGUCCAGCUGAAUUCCCACCUCCACACGCCCAUGUACUUGUUCAUCAGUGCCCUUUCAUUCCUGGAGAUUUGGUAUACCACAGCCACCAUCCCGACGAUGCUUGCCAGCCUGCUUAGUGAAAGACGAAGCAUUUCCUUAAACGGUUGUCUCCUGCAGAUGUUCGUCUUCCAUUCCACGGGCAUCAGUGAAGUUUGUCUCUUGACCGCUAUGGCCUUCGACCGCUACCUAGCCAUCUGCAGCCCUCUUCGUUACCCCACUAUCAUGACCCCUAAGCUGUGUGCCCAAUUGACUUUAGGUUGCUGCGUGUGUGGCUGUAUCACACCCCUCCCUGAGAUCGCCUGGAUCGCCACGCUGCCUUUCUGUGGCUCCAAUCACCUGGAGCACAUCUUCUGUGACUUCCUCCCUUUGCUGCGCCUGGCGUGCACAGACACCCAUACCAUCAUCAUGAUCCAGGUGGUGGAUAUUGUCCACGCCGCAGAGAUUAUUACCGCCGUGAUGCUCAUUUUCCUGUCGUACGCUGGCAUUGUGGCUGUGAUUCUUCGGAUUCGUUCCGCGGAAGGCCGCCGCAAAGCCUUUUCCACCUGUGUCUCCCACCUCACCGUCUUUCUGUUGUUCUUCGGCAAUGUGGCACUCAUGUACCUCCGCUUCUCCGCCACCUAUUCUUUGUUCUGGGAUACAGCGAUUGCCCUGGGCUUUGCGGUUCUGUCUCCCUUCUUCAAUCCCAUCAUCUAUAGUCUGAGAAAUAAAGAGAUAAAAGAAGCUAUAAGGAAACACAUAGGUCAAGUGAAGAUGUUUUUUUCAUAA